CUGCCUUCAAGGCAACUUAAACAAAAGAAAAUAUUAAAAAAUGAUCAGACUAAAAUUUGUUCUAUUAACUCUAGUGGUGGUUAUAUAUUUCUCAUCAACUGCUAAGGGUCAGGGGCUCUCGAUGCCAAAACGACUAGUGUGUUAUUACGAUGCUGUUAGUCCAAUAAAACCAGAAACUACCUACAAUUUUGAAAAACACUUUGCAAAAGCUCUUGCUAAUUGCACUCAUCUGAUCUAUAGUUACGCUCAAAUUCUAGCACAAACCUUUGAAAUAGAGAAAAUAAAAUUGCACGCAAAACCCAGUGAUUUGAAAGAACAAUUUCCCCAUUUAAAGAUCUUCUUAAGUGUGGGUGGUGAUAAAACGGAAUUAUCUUCACAAUAUUUACAAUUCUUAGAAGCCGGAAUUGUUAGACAAGAACAUUUUAAUGAAAAUGUUAAAACUUUCUUAAAACUUCAUCAUUUUGAUGGUUUGGAUUUGUCAUUUCCAUUUCCUCAUAAUAAACCACGAAAGGUUCAUACGGGUUGGGGUAGAUUAGUGAAAAAUGUUAAGAAAAUAUUUACGGGUGAUGAAAUUAUUGAUGCCAGUGCGGUCAAUCAUAAGCGGCAAUAUACGGACUUCGUUAAGGGUUUAAAGAACGACUUGGAGAAGGUGAAUUUACAGUUGUCGAUGACGGUAUUGCCAAAUGUUAAUUCGUCAUGGUACUUUGACAUCUUUAAUAUUCACAAUGACUUUGAAUUCAUCAACCUUUUCGCAUUUGAUUUUCUAACACCCGAACGAAAUCCCGAAGAGGCCGACUACACAGCGCCUAUUUACUUUAAGGACGGUGCCGAUCGUUUACCUCACUAUAAUAUUGAAUAUCAAGUCGAUCAUUGGAUAAACAAUGGGUGUCCAGCGAAUAAACUUAAUCUCGGUAUAGCAACAUAUGGACGUGCCUGGAAGCUGACUACCGAUUCUGGUUUAACUGGUGUUCCAGUUGUUGAAAGUACUGAUGGUGCUGCUGAUCAAGGAAAGAUAUCUCAAACGCCUGGUCUUCUUAAUUGGUCCGAAAUUUGCAUCAAAUUGCGUACGAAAGGCCUUUUACAAAAGGUUAUUGAUCCAGAGCAUAGGUAUGGCAAUUAUGCCUUCCGACCGGCCGAUAACAAUGGCAACAGUGGCAUUUGGAUAAGUUUCGAUGAUCCCGAGUUUGCAGGAUUUAAAGCCAAAUACGCUAAACAGCGUAGCUUGGGUGGAGUGACUUUGUUUGAUUUGCAACAUGAUGAUUAUCAAAGAUUUUGCAUUGGUCCCCCAUUUCCGAUAUUGACACGCAUAAGUCAGGUUUUGGGAAUAUUACAUCAAAAGUAGAAGCAUACUAUACCGAUCAAUAAUAACAUUUCUCCCGCAUAUGCUCUAGAUAAAAAGUUGCCUUAAUUUUUUUUAAACAAAUUUCCAAUUUAUAUUUUAAAAAAAACAUUUUAUAAUUUAGUUAUUUUAUAUAAUUAUACCCUACACCACUAUAGUGGGGAGGCUAUUAUACGUUUGUGCUGAUG